ACAGCGAGCACCCACCCGCAGCCCGGGGCCACGCGGCCGGGCACCAGGCCUUCGAUGGCGGCUUCGCCCGCCAUCGACCUGCGAGAGCCGCUCGCGGCUCUGUUCAAGCGCGCGGGAGUCGCCGACAUCCUCUACCGCAGGUAUGAGGGGCGGCUCGCGGAGCUGGGCGUUGGCGAUGCCGGCGACCUCCUCGAGGAGGUCGCUGAGAAGGGCAUCGGCUCGCUCGACAUCCACGACCGCCAGGCGGAGAAGCUCCGCCGAGCUCUUCUCGGCCCGCGGGGCUGGGGGGACGCAGCUGCGGCCGCUGAAGGUGGGUCCGGAGGUGGGACCGAGGGAUCCAGUUUGGACCCCUUGGAGCCCGCGCUGCCGGAGAGCGGCGAUGGGACGAUUGCCGCCGAGGGGGGGGAGGAGGAGGCAUACGUCGCGCAUGGCAUGUGCGGCGGGCUCUGCCGAGGAUGGGGCUGCUGCGAGGCGCGGGGCGUGGCGCAGCCGCAGGAUGGGAGCGGCGAGGCGCGAGGCGAGGGCGAGGGCGAGGGCGAGCUAAGCUCGGACGGCGACUCGGACCGGUCUGCGGGAGACCCUGUGUGGGGCUCGGCGGCGCUGGAGGACGAGUGGCGCGCCGCGUCUCUCGCGAGGCAGGCGGUAGGCGACGCGGCGUACGCCGCGGCGCAUGCUGCUGGCGCUUCGCGGGCUGAGGCGUGCGACGCCGCCGUGAGGGCGGUGAGGUUGGACGAGGUUGAGGCUCAGUCCUCGUUCCUCGAUUGGGAGGGGGAGGAGCGGCCGGAGGAGUACGCCGGCCUCUUUGACGACCCGUAAGGGGCCGUCGCCUGCUGUGCCAUUUGUAGUGCCAGUCCGAGCCAGUCUGCUGUGAGAGGGGCCUGUAUAGUAAAAUUCU